AUGCGCUCGGAGAAGGAGGCGGCCGGUGGGGCCGGGUCGACCGGGGCUGCAGUGGCUACUCGGGGCUCGAGUGGGAGGGAGAAGCUGUCAGCGUCCGCCCCCCGCGGAGGGCCGGCCAUGGAGAUUCAGUUCCGCUGGGAGUCGCCGCGGCGGGAGCCCGAAACGCAGUCGGCCUCCACCUCUGGCUGUGGGGGUAGCGGGAGCGGCGCGGGCAAACCACGCGAGGAGAAGAGGACGCUUCUGAGCAAGGUUGUCAUUCGGCGGCUCCCUCCCAGUCUCACCAAGGAGCAGCUGGAAGAGCAGCUACAUCCGCUUCCUGCGCACGAUUAUUUUGAAUUCUGUACUGCCAAUCUUAGUCUUUAUCCUCAUCUCUACUCAAGAGCAUACAUUAAUUUUAGAAAUCCUGAUGACAUCCUUCUCUUUAGAGAUCGUUUUGAUGGAUAUAUCUUCAUUGACAGUAAAGGGUUAGAAUACCCUGCAGUGGUAGAAUUUGCUCCAUUCCAAAAGAUAUCCAAAAAAAAGCUAAAGAAAAAAGAUGCCAAAACGGGAAGCAUUGAAGAUGACCCAGACUAUAAGAAGUUUUUAGAAGCUUACUGUAAGGAGGAAGAGAAAACUAGUGCCAGUCCUGAAACUCUUCUGGGAGAGAUAGAGGCAAAGACAAGAGAGCUCAUUGGUCUGUUUCGCUCAUUUCUUCUCUCUACUGUAUUGAGAUCUAGAAGAACCACGCCUCUUUUGGAGUAUAUUAAAAAUAGAAAAUUAGAAAAGCAGCGAAUUCGAGAAGAGAAGCGAGAAGAACGAAGGAGGAGGGAGUUAGAAAGGAAACGCUUGCGGGAAGAAGAGAAAAGGAAAAGGAGAGAAGAAGAAAGAUCUAAGAGAAAAGAGGCAGACAAACAAAAGAAAAUUGUUGAGAAAGAAAUAAGAUUCAAGGACCGCCCAGCCCUGCAGUUAUACCAGCCAGGCGCUCGCACCCAAGCCCGUUUGGGCUCUGCGAGUAACACCUGUGAGUGUGGUGGGACGCGCACCGAGGAGAGCGGUGAUGGGCGGAAGUAUGAGGCAGACGCCUCACCUGGGGCUGCAUCUAAGAAGAGCAAAGAGGCGGAGUAAACCCAUGUGUAAGCCAAGUUUGUGAGGGGUGUUAACUUCCCACUCAGUUUUCCAGAGAUUAGAAGGGGCGUUCCUGACAUAUGUCAGUCACCCUAGGAUAUAACCUACGGUGCAAGGUAAAUUUAUCCCUGACAAGGAAACUAAAAGCUAGAAAUACAGAAAGGUGGCUUACAAACAUCUAGAAACCAUUCUUAAGAAAGAAGUGUUUUUUCUUUAAUUGGGAAAAAUUGUUGUAGGUUUUCCCAUUUCCAGAAUAAACUCCUAUUAAUUGUUUAGCCAAAACAGAGAAAAUGGUCUCCUUUGGAAAGUAUGACCAAAACAGGGAAGAAAAUUAGUAUUGUGUCGGUGUGAAUUUGGAAGCACUUUAUAUAUUGUAGGAAUAAUUUGCACUUUAUGUUUUGUACAUUUUUAAGUAUAUACUUUAUAUCUCAUUGUGCUGCUUCUGGUUAGUUUUCUGUGAGCCAUAAUGUCAGCGAAGUGAGCAGUGCUCAUUUCAGUUGGUUCUGUGGAAUCAGCCACUUCUGCGCCUUCUGUUAUAAGCAUCCCCAAGGUUAUUUUUUAGAACAAUCCCUCUAAUACAGUCCAUAACACUAUGUAACAUUCAACAACUUUAAAUUAUUGUUGUUCUAACAGUUUGGCCAUUGACAUGAAAAAUUGUUUCACGGUCUUUUGAUGUGUUCAUGGUUAUACCAAUUAUGCUUUUAGGAUUUGCCUAAGAUAACAUAAAUGUCAUUAUUUUGGGGCAGGGAUAACAUAGGUACAGCAUCGAGAAGCUCUCUUUUCAUAGUCUAAGGCAGCUUUAUUUUUAAACAACUUAAUGUAUCUUUCUGACACUAUGCAUUCUACAGUGUUUUUUCUUUUGAGUGAAAUUUUUAAAUGUUAUUGUAUUUUUGGCACUGUGCUUUGAACAUUUUAUUAAAUAAAAAUUUUUGUUGCUAUGGAUUUUAAGUCCAGUUAUGGUAGUUUUCCUACAUAGAAUUUUACAUAGUAAAAGAUUGCUUUUUAAAAUAUGGCUUUAAUUCUCUGAAUAUUUUGCUGAUUAUAUCCAUUCCUUGUUAUUGAUAAAUUAUAAAACAUUUGUAUUUAUCAAAAAACUAAGUUAGUUAUUUAUCAUUUUUUUAAAAAAUCUACCAUUGUCAGACAUACAGUCAAUUCCAUAGCCCCAGAGAGGUACAGAGCUGUGCUCUUGAAUUUGGAGGAGAGGAGGAGGGAAGAACUUGCCGUGGAUUGAGCAAGGUUCAUGUACCCAGCUGAGCCAACCCUGGCUUCAAAGGAUAACUCAGCCAGCCCUCUUCUGUAAAGGGCCAGUAGCAAAUAAUGUAGACUUUUCUGACCAUACGAUCUCUGUCGCAAUUACUAAACUCUGCCGUUGGCCACAUAAAGCAGCUAUAGACAAUACAUGAAGGAAUGGGCGUA